AAGGGAAAUGACAUGCCAGCUUCAGCAUUUCACGUGCAGUAACUGUUUUGGGAGCUGUGUAGGGAUUGCACUGUAGCCUCUGCUGGAAUGUAAAGGGAGGAGGUAGGGGGGUUUCUAUAGAACAGGGUGGCAGAUGGCUGAAGGAAGCUACCCAAACAGGCAGGCUGGUAGUGCCGGUUUCCUUCAGAGAGAUACUGGGGACUGCCUGGAACCCCAGAGCAGUGACAGUCAUGGUGCCAACUUCGGUGCCACAAAUGGAAAUGCAGAUGCAGAAACUGAGGCACAGAGAAGUGAAGUGACUUGCCCAAGGUUACCCGAUAGGCCAGUUGCAGAACUAGGAAAAGAACCCAGCGCAGGUCGUAAUCUGAAGGAGUGGCUGAGGGAGCAGUUCUGUGACCACCCUAUUGAGCACUGUGAGGACACGCGGCUGCAUGAUGCUGCCUACGUGGGGGACCUGCAAACACUCAAGAGCUUGCUGCAAGAGGAGAGCUUCCAAAGUCGAAUCAACGAGAAGUCUGUGUGGUGCUGUGGUUGGCUGCCUUGCACCCCCCUGCGAAUUGCUGCCACUGCUGGCCAUGGCAAUUGCGUGGACUUCCUCAUCCAGAAAGGGGCAGAGAUCGACCUGGUGGACGUGAAGGGGCAAACCGCCCUGUAUGUGGCCGUUGUGAAUGGGCAUCUGGAAUGUGUAAAAAUCCUGCUGGAGGCUGGUGCAGACCCCAACGGGAGCCGGCACCACCGCAGCACUCCUGUGUACCAUACCUCCCGCGUGGGCCGGGCCGACAUCCUGAGAGAACUGAUCAGGUAUGGAGCUGAGGUGGAUGUUAACCACCAUCUGGCCUCACGGAUGCCCAGCCUGUCCUCGCGCCCCCUCACCUCCCUGGUGGUCUGCCCUUUGUACAUCAGUGCUGCCUAUCACAACCUUGAGUGCUUCAAGCUACUGCUCCAAGCAGGAGCCAACCCUGAUUUUAACUGCUGCGGUCCUGUCAACAUCCAGGGCUUCUCCAGGGGCUCCCCGGUCUGUGUGAUGGAUGCUGUCUUGAGACAUGGCUGUGAUGCAGCAUUCAUCAGCCUCCUGAUUGACUUUGGAGCCAACUUGAACCUAGUGAAGAUGGAGGCCCUGGGUACAGAAUCAACAGGAAGAAUCAAAGUCAACCCAGACGCCUUGCAAGUGUUCAAAGAAGCCAGGAGCCAUACCAGGAGCUUGUUGUCUCUGUGCCGUGUAGCUGUGAGGAUAAUACUCGGCAAAUCCCGUCUGUGUCUGAUACGCUCCCUUCCGGUCCCAGACCCCAUCAAACAAUUUUUACUUUAUGAACAAAGUUAAACUGUCACCAGCUGUUUCGGGGACAGUUUUCUUUAAAAAUAUGAGUGAUCUGGUAAAAACGUGCCAAUUCGAACCUCAGCCCAAUUAAAUAUCGUAUAGCUAUUAGUACAAGUAUGUCUGUAAUGGUUCUACCUCUGUUAUUGCAACUUGUAACUUGCUUCUUGGGUUUUAGCAGCAUUACUAUAUGUUGAAUUUGUACCCACUCAAGCAGUGGACUUUUAACUUCUUGUAAAGUGCAAAAGAGAGCAUCUGAUCUCGUAAGUACAGGGUGCCUAACACAGCACUAUUUCCCAGUUCCUAUGUGCCCCAGCCAUUAUUGCCUGGACUUUCUCUUAAGAAGUUUACAAUUGCUACUGUUACAUAGGUCAAGGUGAUGUGUUUAGUUCUACUGUACAUCCUGUUCCAGUGUAAAAUGCAUCAAGUUUCUUGCCUGAUACCAUAUGCUUCUUGAAGAAUUGCAUGUGUAUAUAACUGUUGCAAGGUAGCUGUAGUGUCCCAAGCCAUUCAUUCAGCUUGUGUUGUUUAGCGUUUCCAUUCUCCCAUGAUGGAACAGUAAAAAAACCCAACAACAUGAAGACCUGGCUUAAGUAACUGCAGAUGCUAUCUGACCCUCCUCCUACCUACAAACAUAUGGGUUAGGGGGGGUAGUUGCAGAAAACAGUUCUUCAGUUACAUGACUCUGGGACCGGACCAACUUAUAGCUACCACUGCCAUGGCAUGAAAGAGAAAACACACAGGAGGAAUUGAAAUACAGUUUCUACAUGGAGCUGAGAAAGCUAAUCACAAGAUGGCAUGGGCACUGGCAAUGUGCUUACCCUUGGGUUGUAGUUUGAAGGAUGUGCUCAGGCAAUGGACUUCAAUACCAAACUUCCUUCUAAUGAAACAUUAACAACUCUGAAGUCCGUGGUGGAUUUUAAAGAUUCCCAUGGCAUGUCCUGCCUCAUAUCCCUAUUCACUGUAGAACUGGUUUCACUCUUGAAGGAUGCAUGGACAUGAUGGAUUUGUGAGGAACAGUUGUAAAAUUUACAAGUGGAAUGACUACAUGACUGGUAGGUAACUCACUGCUUGUAAAUUUAUUGGGGGUUAACCUGAUUAUGAAAAACUCAAAUUCUGUUCUUGCCUAUCUUACUUAGAAAGAUGCUACUCACCAUAACAUAUUAAUGGUAUCCCAAAGGGCAGGCAUUGAGGAGCAGCUAGGAGCAACUUGCAAAGCAUGGUACAGGUGCACAGGCAUAGCUGGGUAGCUCUGGGCCUGGGGCAGCCACAUGAUGCUUUGGGUAGCAUCAGCUGCCAUGGUGCCCAUCUCAGUGGCACCAUCAGCUGCUUCUGUGGGUGCAGCUGUUUUGAUGCCCUCCCACAAAGGCAGCACUUAGGGCUGCUGCCCCAGUUGCCCCCUUUAGUUCCAGUACUGUACAUGUUUAUCAAAAUAGCCACUUCCCUGUACCUCACAUAUUGGGUGUUAUAUAGCUAUACAAGAUGCAAAUUAGAUGAUGGACUUUUCGGUAGGUAUCUGGCUUUGGCUAGUGCUACUGACUGGGGAGGAAUGGCAGGAAGUGGGACUGUUUCUUGGAGUGUCUAUGUGACUAAGCUGUUUUUCAUUUUUAUUAAACAGUAACAAUGACCAUGCCUACCCUCCCUUCAUAUCAAGCCAUUAACUAUUAUGUCGUCCCUGCUUCCACACUGUGUAUGAAGCCCAGAAAUACGACAGUGGAGCUGGCUUAGAAUAGCCCUAAACAUGUGCAAGAGAGAAAGUCUGAGGGGACAGUAGCACAUACUCACGGAUGCCUCAUUUUUGCUUUGUGGUAUGUACUGAGUAGGAGAGAGUGGGUUGGAUUUGCUCCUCAGGGCUGGUCCCAGGCAUGGCCUGGUGGCAAUGGAAGCAACUUUGGAUCCAGUAAGAACCAUGGAACCUCUUCCAGGGCUCCUUUGCUUUCUAUUGCAUAUAUGUAUGUAUGUAUUUGAUUGAUGUAGUGCCUGUGAAACCCAACCCCAAACAAGGACCUAUUGAGCCAGGGGCAGUACAAACACAGCAGAACAGUUCCUGCCCCAAGGGUUCCCUUCACUCACCUUGCUCUCCUCUCAAGUUACAAGUGAAGAUAUACUAAAAGAUGGCUGUGUAGACCUUGGCAAGUCUUGCAGUGUCUGCCCACUUUGGUGUGAGAUCUCAUGGCAGCAGAGCUUCAAGGAUUUGCAACCAAGACAGCUAGUCUGUGGUCCUUGUUGUUGCCUUUUGGUUGAGUGAGAUUCUGUGCAGAAAAGCACAGCAUUAAGUUUGCAGUGCCCAAGGAGGUGGUGGUUUUGAACCAUCUUAUACCUUUCCAAUCCUGGGUGGUCCCAGCAGCUGGAAAGGCUCCCAGUUGUGUUGUGCCAUGUAGACAUAAUUCUGAAUCCCACCUGCCUUCCAGGGUUGUCCCAUGGGCCCAAGUACUGGUCAGAAGCUCCACAUCAUGCAAUCCCAAUAUAUAAAUCCCAAGUUCAAGCUUCCCCCCCAACUCUGCAGUGCCCCUGCCACCAGGGUUUUAGAGGUUUCUAAGAAGGCAGCCUGCCUAGAUUGUAGCAUUAAUUUACUCUGGCUUAAUUUUACUAUGCAGUAAGUAGGAAUAGGUCAGCAUCUACACGUGCAGGCGUUAAAGUGCAUUAAUGCUGUGUUACUUCACAGUAAGG